AUGGGAUCGAGGAAGGGAAUCUCAGUGUUGAGUCCGACUCUCCACAGAUCGAGAUAUGGCGAGACGUUGAAGACUGAUGUGGAGCGCGAGGGAAUCAUGAAAUUUAUUAUGGGGAAAGGAACGACCAACGAAGUUAAGAAGAAAAUGGCCGUUAUGGGAAAUCGGCAGGUGAAAAACGAGGCUAUGGAGGACAUGCCGUAA